CCAUGUACGGAAGACUUUCAAUUGACGAUGUACGAUUUAAAGCAAGCAACUGAGGAUACAAGGAACAGAAGUUUGCUCUCGUUCUUUGAAUUGCUCGCCUCACAGGAAGCUUUCUUCACAGAAGGCGCUUUCGUCACUUACGGAACAGGUCAAGAUUAUUUGUAUGAACCGGGUGAGCUUGGAUUUACCGAGCGCGAUAUGCCACCAUUGCCGGAUGGGAAAUACAUUGGAAUUGGUGCGUCGAAAAGCGUUAAACUCGUCGAGGGUCCUCGUGGGCCAGGCGGCAUAAACGCAGCAUUAGUUAUGGACGAAAUGAAAUUCUUACGAACCGAAAAGUGA